UCUCCCCUUUCCUCUGUUCAAUGUUUGCAUUCCUCUCUUCCCUCCCAUCCAUUUCCCUUCAGACGCCCAUCACUCGCUUUGGGUUCUUCUCUUCUCUCUUCUGUGCACGCACCGUAUACCCCCUAUUUUUAAUUAAUACAUACUUCUACACUAGCCGACCUCGCCAAGUUGAAUUAUACCGGAGUCAGUCCACCAUGCGUUUCGCCGUUGCCCUCGCUGCCGUCUUCGCCGGCCUCGCCGCCGCCCAAACCACGACUUCCCCGAGCACUGCCGCGCCAUCGUCGGACAUUUGUGCUCAGGACAUUGUCGACAGCUGCGUGGCCCAGUUCAAGACGCGCAUCGACAAGUGCAACGAGAAGCCCAAUGACUGGGUCUGCCUGUGCGACGAGAACACCAAUCUUUUGACCUGCUACAACAACUGCCCCAAAUCGCCGGACCGAUCGCCUGUCGAGAACAGUGCCACGCAGUUUUGCAAUGCCGCCGCACCUCUCAAAGCAUCGAUGUCUUCUGUAGCCGCUACUGCUGUCAAAACGUCGGCGUCUUCGUCAUCCACAUCGGGCGCAUCGGCUACCAGCUCAUCCCCCAUCGCAUCUUCUUCGCUCCAACCCGAAAGGAACGCCGCCGAGGCUCUUGGUAUCCCCGUGGGCGGUGUGUUUGCUUUUGUUCUCGGCAUGGCCAAUGUGUUGUAGACGAAGGUUGUGCGUGCU